AUGCCUCUACCAGCACAAACGAUCCGAGAACAUCCUUAUCAUAAAACUACGUCGAAUGAUGAACGGUCGUCAAGGUGUAACAACAGCAACAAUAAUACCACCUCGCCCGUUACUGUUGUCGAAGCUAAUUUAGAUACAAGUGGUGAAAGAGAGAAGAUUGUAGUGACGUUGAAUGAUGGGGUUAAAAUAGAAUUUCAUGUUCCAACUUCUAAAGAAAUCAGGGAUCGAUUUUUUUAUCGAAAAGCCAAAUCGUCGGACAAACCAGCUCGUCCACCAAACAAAUUCUUUAUAUUCCGUACAAUGUUCCAAGGAUCAUUGGAUACAUUUAAGCUUCAAGUUCCAAUUGUUUCUGAGUUAGCAAGUCAAGUAUGGAGGAAAUCAAGUAAUGAAGUUAAAGAAGCAUUUUCAAAAUUAGCGGAAAUUGCGAAAAAUGAGCAUAGUGAAAUAAAUCCUGGCUACGUAUACAAGCCAUACCGAAAAGUCUCUUUGGCUAAAUCAGAUCUAUCGUCGCCCUCUUGCGAAGAAGAAUCAAGUGAAACCUCGAGCUCUCCGCCUUCUCCAACAACACCUUCGCCUUCAUGGUCGAACACGUAUUUACCAAUAGAUUAUCCUGGCGAUUAUAUGCCAAGUUGCUUUUCUGCCAAUCAAUUGGAAAAUUACGAAUCUCCGACGACAAUGUAUAAUUGUGCUCAAAGCGAUGCGAUCUUCCAAACUCCAUCUCUGUCGCUCGACUUUAAUUCCGAUUAUCAAAGUUACAUCACGAUGGGCUCGGAUGCAUGUUACACCUCAAUUUGUCCGACACAAUCACCAUUUUUAUCAUAUACGCCACCAGCAUAUCCGAUCUGCUCAUUAAAUCAAUCGACGACAAUAGAAGAACAGCCAAUUCUCGAGACAAAACUAAUUGAUUCAUAUUCAGACAAUAUUCGCAUGAUAAAUCAAUCACAAUUUGAGCAUUUACAAGAGGUAAAAAUAGAAACACAAUCGCAUUAUCGAACUAAAAUCUCCAGGAAAACAACAAAGCGUUACACUCAAAAACAACAAGACGAAAAAUUUUUCCACCAAUGUACGUUCUCUGGAGAUAUUGAUCGUCAGUCGGCACCCUCUACUCCAACUUUUAGUUCCCUUGAAUCAGCAUUAAAUUGUCAAUCGAAUACACUUUGGGAUAGUUUAUUCCCAGAUCUUUUAUUGAAUUAA